ACGCGCAAAGCCGGAAGCCCGCAACUUCCAGCUCACUUGCCUGACCAUAGUAGCCCAGUAGUCCUCUCUCUCUCUCUCUCUCUCUCUCUCUCUCUCUCAUAAUUCUAAAAUAUAAAUAACAGAAAAAUAUCGGACAGUGUUCUCCGAUUUCGCUAUCUCGGCGAUCGACCCGGCGAUAUCGUCGAUAAAUUCUCGGCGAGAUCUCGACUUCGGCUACCAGCUUGAUCUGAUCCUUGUUUAGAUCCGCAUAAUGGCUCCAGUUUCGGCACUAGCCAAGUACAAGCUGGUGUUCUUAGGUGAUCAAUCUGUGGGUAAAACCAGUAUCAUCACUCGUUUUAUGUACGACAAAUUCGACAACACUUACCAGGCAACGAUUGGUAUCGAUUUUCUAUCAAAGACAAUGUACCUUGAAGAUCGAACUGUUAGAUUGCAACUCUGGGACACUGCUGGUCAAGAAAGGUUCAGAAGCCUUAUUCCAAGCUACAUUAGGGAUUCCUCUGUAGCUGUCAUUGUUUAUGAUGUUGCAAGUAGGCAGUCAUUCCUGAACACUUCAAAGUGGAUCGAAGAGGUUCGUACUGAGCGGGGCAGUGAUGUCAUCAUUGUGCUUGUUGGGAAUAAGACCGACCUGGUGGACAAAAGGCAAGUUUCAAUAGAGGAAGGAGAAGCUAAAGCUCGUGACCUCAAUGUCAUGUUUAUCGAAACUAGUGCAAAGGCUGGCUUCAAUAUAAAGGCACUGUUCCGGAAGAUUGCAGCAGCCUUACCGGGAAUGGAAACACUUUCUUCAACUAAGCAGGAGGACAUGGUGGAUGUCAAUCUGAAGUCUUCCAAUGCAAAUGCAUCGCAGUCUCAAGCACAGUCUGGAGGAUGUGCCUGUUGAUACACACAAUUGAGAACUAAGCUUUUCUUUUUUACAGCAUUUCCUUAAAUGCUUAUGUGAUCCUACACAUGUAAAGUUUGUGACCCUUUUCUUGUAGCAUUCUGUAUUUGGCUUUGUCUCAUUGUUAAGAGAUCUUGCCAUGUCAAGAGGAGACCAUAUAAUAGUUAGGCUAGUCCUAAGCUUGUUUUAUAAAUGUGGUUCUUGUGGAACUAGAAGUAAGAACUGUGAAAAUCUUCUGUUAGAUUUAAAUUUGGUUUUAUAACUGAAAAUGUUACAGUUGAGUUUUA